GCCUUCGUCAUGAUUUCUAAAAAAAAUGAAGUAAUACUGCUAUAAGAUAUCCCUGAAAGAUUAAAUUCCUGCAGGGAGUCCAAGAAACGACCAAGUAAUGGUCUCUUUUCCAGAAGUGUUUCGUAUCAAAGCAUGUAUAAAGGCUUUGUUUAUUUUUUGGGCAAAUCCGUAGAACACUUUGACCUUUGGCGACCCUUUAAAGAAUUCAUUAUAAAAUGAUACCAAGAAAUCUUUUGAAAGCGCUUUCAAGAGGUCCUUUUGUAUGAAGUGCUUCAAGAAACCUAAAAAAUACCCUUAUCGCUUUGCUUUGCUUCGAAACCCUUCGGCAGAUUUAAAUCACGUUUGGUCAAACUCUAAAAAAAGGUCUUUCUAGAGACUCUUCUUCAUUUCGAGAUUCCACUUGGUAAAUUUGGCUAAAAGCUCUCCAGGAUCAUUACCAACAAUUCAUAGAACAAUUCUUGGAAGUUCUAAAAAUUAUUCAUGAGGAGGAGUCUAUUAGGGUAGAUUUAUCUACUUAUGAAAUUCUUCAAGGGAUCAAGCAUGACACUUUUUUAAGAAAUUCUGAAGAAGUGUCUCGAAAUAUUUUUUGAGAAAUUCUUUAUCAGAAGGCGUGCAAUGCCAGGUUCUCCAAGAGAUUCUUAAUCACAUUCUCGACUAUUUCUAAUAUGAACACGAUUAAAUAGACAUUCAAAUGAUUUCUCAAGAAACUUUUACCAAAAAAUUCGGCUGUACAUUUUUCUGGAGGUUUCGCAGAAUAUUUGUUAUCAGAAUUUUUACUUUUUACCGAGAGAUCCUUUGGAAGCUCUUCAAAAUAUCUCAAGAACACUUUGAGACAUUACUUCCAGAAGAUAUCAAAAAAUUUUUUGAAAAAUCAUACAAUAAUAUUUGAGGUUUUCCUUGUGAGGUGUUGUUCAGUUUCUUCUUAAGCUUUUCUUAAAUUCCUCUUCCCAAAUGGUCCUUGAUUUCAACUUUCAACCUUUAAGUUUUAGCUUUACUUCGAAAACUCAGCGUCAGGAACCUUCACCCUGCAUUUCACAAUUCAAGAUUUGAAGCUUAAAGUCCAAGUUUGAAAUAACCACUCGUUACUAUUUUCUGUAUUCUGAAAAUUACAACUCGGGCCAACGCAAAUGCGACCAUUAUCAUAUUAAAUUUGUUGGCCGAUUAGUAAUCAUGGCGGAAACCGAAUUAUGUAAUCAUUAAUUCCCAAUUAGUUGCGCAAACACGCACCAUGUGUCAGUCAUUGAACAUGUUCUUACUUUUGAUAACCCUGAUCAUCGCAGCUCCAAGGGUUGCUGUAACCAGCUAUUUAAGCGAACGAUUCGCUGUUCUUUCUUCGCCUCAAGUAUUCUCCAAGUCCCUUCUAUCGUAUUUAUCCCAGAAACGCGACUUAUCGCACCGUUGCCGGGAUGAGCUGGAGGAUUUCGCAACGAGCCUACAAUCGGAGAGGCAAUGGGCGCUCAACAUGUACGACGCAAAUGGGAAACUGCCAGCUGGUGCAAUGGAAGGCAAUUUAAUUGAGUUGGGGUCAUUUGAUGAGUGCUUGCGAAUUGUGCGUACCAACAACCACGGCUUAACUGGAAAGUACUGUUUGGGAUCGCUGUAUGUUUCAAGUCGAUAUGUCGAUAACGCCACAAUAAGGCUGGGAUACAACGGCAUGGACAAUAACAAAAUGGAAUUCGGGGUUUGCUUUCCGGAUUCGUGUUCGGCCCCAGACCUGGAACUAACAGCGAAAGGAAUCGGACUAAAUAUGUCAUUAACGGAAGACACCUGCCAGACGAAACAAACCCAAUCUGGAAUUACAGCGGGAGGCUACGUAAUUCUGGCACUUGCCUGUCUCCUUCUACUUCUGAUUGUAGCUUCGACGAUAUACGAGCUCUGUUUCAAAGCCGACUCGCAUUGGGCAUUAAAGUCAUUCUCGCUGUGGACGAACGGAAAAAUAAUUUUUCGAGUUAGCAAACCUGGCGCUAGCGAUAUUUCGUGUUUAUGUGGCAUCCGAGUAGUUGCUAUGGUCAUGGUAAUUCUCAAACACAUCUUCAUAUUUCGCCAUAGCAGAGUGGCCAGAAACUCCUACUAUUACUCAUACUGGAUACAUCAACCGAAAAAUGGCCCCUUAAUGUCAUUACCCUUUGCAGCCGACCUAUUUCUACAAAUUUCUGGAUGCUUGGUUGCAUACAAUUAUUUACGAAGGCAGCUAAAAAGAAAGGAAUUCAACAUUCCAUCGUACUACAUCGAAAGGUACCUCAGGCUUACACCGGCUGUCUUGGCUGUUAUGUUAUUUAUAAUCACUUGGUUUGGCUAUAUUGGAUCUGGACCGUUAUGGUAUCAGACGAAAGGUGCCAUUGAACCGUGCCAAACACACUGGUGGUCGUGCCUGCUGUACAUUCAAAAUUACCAAUCCGCUAUGUGCAUUCCACAGUCUUGGUACCUUUCGGUGGACUUCCAGCUGUAUGUGCUCUCCCCUUUGCUACUAGUCCCCCUAGCGCGCUGGAGAAGAGAAACAAUAGCGAUAACUGCCGGUGUGACUUUGAUUUCCAUUGCAACCGCAUUCGUAGAGGCUUGGACCUAUAAACUGUGCGCCGAAAACCAAUGCGGGGAACAAACUGUUUUCAUGAAACAAUUCUACACCUUUCUACCUGCAAGGGCGUCGUCAUGGUUAAUUGGAUUUUUACUGGGGUGUUUCAUGUUUAAAGUGAAGGAGAAGGAAAUGGGUGCCAUGGAGAAGAGGACAGCGAUACCGCUUAUGGUCUUCGCACUACUUGUCUAUGUCGCAACCAUCUUUGGAGAUAAUCACGUGGUAAUUUCGGAGUAUGACAGAUAUGAAAAUUCAUUUUCUUUAGCACUACUUCGGCCGACGAUGCUACUUUCGGUUGGAUGCAUAGUGUACCUUUGCGAAAUCGGACGUGGAGGCAUUGUCGCCAGUUUUCUUACAAAUCCGGUGUUUGUGGUAGUUUCAAGGUUAACUUACACCACAUACCUGGUGCACUACCACGUGCUGGAGUACCAUCUGGAUACCGCUCGAGUGGGUCCGCACCUUAGCAACUACACGCUCUUGGUUAACGAUUUCGCCGGUGUACUUCUCCUUUCGCUUCUUAUAGGUUUGGUUGUAUCUUUGGCAGUAGAAGUACCUGCGCAACAUUUCGUCAGUUUUCUAACGAGAGGAUCAAGAAAGUCGGUUUAGUGAUUUAUGAAGCAAUAUAAAGUGUAAAACAAAUGAGCAAUAUAUCUGAUAAACCCCAGUUCUUAAAUACCUUUACAUGUUCUUAAACCCUGAGAGAUUUUAAAGCAGUUGGUAGGCUCUGGACGAUCUUAAGAUCUCUAAAAGACUUUUACAAUG